UCUGGAUCAAACCUGUUCAUUUAAAAAAAUCUGAGCACAGACUAAGUGAAAGUGUCCUUAGUACUGUUGCUGCUUGAUGUUAGAGUCAGAGUUUCCUUUCUUUUUUCCAACUAGGUGCUGAGGUGCCUUAGUUAUUUUAGGGGUUAAAAGUUGUAGGCACUGAUGCGUAUAUAUUAGGCUGUAUUCAUAAAACACAGCGUGUAGCCUGAGUCAAACUAUUACAGUCUAACAACAGUGACCAAUAGAAAGAGAAGAGCCAACAAAGCUGAGGCAAACAAUGACUGCAAAAGUCUAUCCCAGCCUUUUGGUUUUAUUCCUGACCAAUACUGUGUGGACUCGGAAUGUGAGACAAGUCUACGAUGCGAUGGAUCCAGAGGAUUGGUCCCUCUUCACCUUUGAGUGUCCAAAAGAAUGCUUCUGUCCUCCUAGCUUCCCCAAUGCCUUAUACUGUGAUAACAAGGGGCUUAAAGAAAUACCUGCAAUCCCAGCAAGAAUCUGGUACCUCUAUCUGCAAAACAACCUGAUAGAAACAAUUUCUGAGAAACCCUUUGUGAAUGCCACUCAUCUGAAAUGGAUAAAUUUAAACAAGAAUAAAAUCACCAGCAAUGGAAUUGAAAAAGGUGUGCUCAGCAAACUGAAGCGUCUACUUUACUUGUUCCUCGAAGAUAAUGAGCUGGAAGAGGUGCCUGCUCCAUUGCCUACAAGCUUAGAGCAAUUGAGACUGGCUAGAAACAAAAUCUCCAGAAUCCCUGAUGGUGUCUUUAGCAACUUGAAAAACCUCACAAUGCUAGAUCUGCAGCAUAACAAGCUGUUGGAUAGUGCUCUCCAGAGUGACACCUUCCAGGGGCUCAACAAUCUCAUGCAACUCAACAUAGCAAAAAACGCCCUCAAGAAAAUGCCACUAAGUAUUCCAACUAAUACAGUACAGCUGUUUCUGGACAACAACUCUAUUGAAGUGAUCCCAGAGAACUACUUCAGUGCAAUCCCCAAAGUGACUUUCCUUAGACUGAACUACAAUAAACUAUCUGAUGAUGGCAUCCCCCCAAACGUGUUUAAUGUUUCAUCUAUUCUAGACCUACAGCUGUCCCACAACCAACUCACUAAAAUUCCACCUUUCAAUGCUCACCUUGAGCAUCUGCAUCUUGAUCACAACAGAAUCAAAAGUGUCAAUGGCACUCUAAUAUGUCCGACCUCUAUUGCUAUAGAAGAUCACAGUUCCUCUGGUAAUAUGCCACGUCUUCGCUAUCUCCGUCUGGAUGGAAAUGAAAUUCAGCCUCCUAUCCCACUGGACAUCAUGAUAUGUUUCCGGCUUCUUCAAGCUGUAGUUAUUUAAAGAUAGCUCAUUAUUGCGUUUUCAUUUUCAGAGGUUUUUAAGAAGCAAGUUUUGCUGGCAUGAAACUUGUUCUAAUUAUAAGUCAGACAGUAUUUUUUCCUUUUUACUUUAAAUACCCACUUGCUAGUAUCAUUUUAUAUUUGAAAAGAUUGUUCUGGUUUGAGAAAAAAGGAUCCCAGAUCUGUACACAAAGUGUUUUUAAAAUUCCUAAUGAGACGAUGCCGCAAAUUAUGUACUUUUAAAAUGUUCCUACAAUCCCAGUGUAAGUUCAUCUACUUUUCACCUAUCUUUUUAAGUUCUACAUAAGUGGUAACUCCAGUAAGAGCAUUUUUAGGUCAAAUUAUAGUUUCCUUACAUUCUAGUUUAAUGCACAGAUUUAUGAGUUCAGGUACACUUGGAUUGAUAUGUAUUAUAAAAAUUCAUGUACUAUCCUGCUAUUAGCUAGCAUGCCUUCCACAAGUGGUUUUCAAAAAAAAUUUUCUCAUGACCGAUCCAGUUGAAGAAAACUGUUGAUGCCCAUGGACCCAACAUAAUUUGAAUAGAGUGUGGGCCCUACGGUGGAGUUAAAGAGAGCUUUGGCACAUAGGAGGGGACUCCAGCUUUUUUGGGGGGUGGGAGGGCGGCAGGGCUGGAGCAGAAGGGGCUUUCCGCCAGCGGUUCCUGGUCAGCAGUGCAGCA